CGAUCUCGUUCAUCUCUGCACCGAUCACUCUCUCACUCUCUCGUUGUUCAUCUCAUCGAUUCGCACCGAUCAUCGCACCGCCGAUCUACUCACAGAUCAGUCUCAUCUCUGUCUCUCCCUCUCUCGCCCCGAUAGACUCACACUAUCUCACAGGUUCCAAAUGCCAAGAUUUCUAUUUGGAUCAGGAUCAUUGAUUGCAUGGACAAGGUCUCUGGCUGAAGUAUAUGUUGUAGACCCCUCUGGACCAUGGCACUACAUUUUUCUGAAACCGCAAGGACUGUCUAGUUAGAAGUAGACUACUCUGCUUAUUGCCAUGGCUGCUUUAGCAAAAACUCUCACAGUCGAAAAGCCAAAUCCAACUGGAGACUGGACAAUUGUUUUGCCUCGUCGUGGUAAAAAACAAAGAAGAAAUCUCAAAUCUCAGAUCCUAGAACAAGAACAACCAUGGGUUCCAAUCGACCAUGAGGUUGAUUCUGACAGAGAAUUGAAAUUGAUGCAGAAAAUGCAAGUCUGCAUGAAGAAAGUUGAGACCUCUCUCUUUUUCUCUACUUUUAUGGAUCAAACUCGGUCUCCUCAAAUCUUGGAUUGUCUUUCAAGGCUUCUGGGCUCUGAACCAAAGAUGAACAUGGUGAUAUAUGGUAUUGGUAGCAUUGAAUCAUAUGACCCCCCUCGAUUUCAGCUUAGCCUUGCGAUUUUGAUGAAGAAAAUGUUCAGUUGGAUUGGAGAUCUAGAGGUGUUUGAUCCGAUUCUUUCUGGUACAGAAACUCGGGUUUUAGAAAGUCUUGGUUGUUCUGUCCUAUCAGUCAAUGAACAAGGUAGGCGACAAGCUUUGAAGCCGACAUUAUUUUUCAUGCCACACUGUGAGACAGAGUUGUAUGACAAUCUCCUACAGGCAAAUUGGAGAUCGGACAUGUUGAACCGUAUAAUAUUGUUUGGGAACAGCUUUGAGACAUAUGAGCAAUACGGGUUGGUGUUUAAGAACUCGAAUGUUGUUAAUUUGAGGAAGCAUAUCUUGGCUGUUAGGAGAUUUAAAAAAGAGUUUGGAAUCAAGACGGUUUCGGAUGAUUAUUUUCGAGCUUUUCAUGAUUUAAGUUGGCAUUUUUUCAGCAUUGAGCCAGAGAUGGAGCUGAAUAUUGUUUGAUUGAUUGAGCUUGGUGACUAGUGUUCUGAAUUAUUGAAAUUGUCUAUUUUUUGCUUACAAUAAUCUUUUUAAGACCUGAUUUAUUUUUCUUUUCCAUUGUUUUAGGAAACAAACUCAUUGUUUUCAA